CUUUCAUUUCGUAAAAAUAAAUUUUAUGAAACUCUAUUAAAAAAAUUCUCAUAAAAUUUUAUUCACACUUACUAAGUUACCGAAUUUGCUUUCCCGCUCCAUCCCCUCCCCUGUCCUUUCCUCCCAUAGAAAAUUGUGAAGCCCACCACCACGCCCUACAAGAGUGUUCUUGGAUGCUCCUGUCAGAACAUUCCAUUCCUAGUACCCAUCCUCUCCUCUUCCUAAACUUCUCUUCUCCCAUCCACACCAUCACGGGUUCUUGGCUCCUGGGGGUUUCUUCUUAUCCUUCUUCCUCUGAGUGGGGUUUAGGGGCAGCCGGGCUCUUGUUUUCCCGCGUGAAGUUUGGAUCUUGGCGGGUGGAUUGGCGCCGGCGGCGAGGGCCUUCUUUUGUGCCUUUGUGGAGGGGGUUCUUGGGGUAGCGAUGGUCUGAACUCCGAAGAGGGAUUUCGCUGGGGUUCAGGAGCUCUUUCACUGCAGAUGUGCAACUUGGUGUGGCUGUUCCGUGUAAUCUGGCGGAUCUUCAGCGUCGCCUUCUGAUGCUCCGUGUUCUUCAGUCCACACUUCUUCAAGAAUUUUAGAGACUGGUGGGGUGGGUUGAGUGGCGAAAGCGGUGGUUUUUGUUAGUCCUUUUUUGGGGGAUGCGGUUUAAGCGCCUCGGGUUCAAAAAGCUGGAAUCUUGCUGCCUUUGAUCUCAAGCAACCAACCGAGAGGCUCAUCGAUGUAGUGCCGUCUCCAUCGUCCUGGGCUUUGGAAGCAGCUGCUCCGGGAUGGCCUGCCUGAAGCUGGGAUCGAGAGCUGAUGUGUUCAGGAAGGAAGGCCAAGAAUGGUAUUGCACGUCUGGUCUUCCUAGUGAUAUAACUGUGGUAGUUGGGGAUCAGUCUUUCCAUCUUCACAAGUUUCCUCUAUUAUCAAAGAGUGACCUUUUGGAGAGGCAUAUCAGAGAGAAAAUUGAUAAGGGAGAAGAUAGUUGUGUCAUUGAUCUAUCUGAUAUUCCUGGGGGAGCAAGGUCUUUUGAACUAGCUGCUAAGUUCUGCUAUGGUCUAAAGUUUGAAAUGACUUCCUCCAAUGUUGUACACCUUCGUUGUGCUGCUGAUUAUCUCGAAAUGACAGAAGAGAUGGCCAAGGGGAAUUUGAUAGCUCAGACAGAGAACUUCCUUACCCAAACAGUCCUCAGGAGCUGGAAAGACUCGAUCAAGGUCCUUCAUACUUGUGACGACGUGCUUGAUAUUGCUGAAAGAUUGAAAAUUAUAAAGAGAUGUGUCGACUCGAUUGCAACUAAAUCAUGUAGUGAUCCUGAUUUGUUUGUCUGGCCAGUAGUCCAGUAUGGAGGCCCCAUGCAGAGUCCUGGAGGGAGCCUCUUGUGGAAUGGUAUAAGCAAGGGAGCAAGGCCAAGAAAUAGCAGCCCAGAUUGGUGGUAUGAUGAUGUCUCAUGCUUAAGCCUUUCGUUAUACAAAAAGGUCAUCUCAGCUAUGGAAUAUCGGGGCAUCAGUCAGGACAUUAUCGUUGGAUCCCUUAACCAUUAUGCCAAAAGGCGUUUGCCCAGUUUGAAUCGGCGUAAAAGCAUCAGCGAUGUCAGCAACUGUCUUUCAGUGACAACUUUAACAGCCAUCCCUUCUGAAGAGGAGCAGAAGUAUCUUCUUGAGGAGAUCGAUAGACUGCUACCUUUCCAAAGGGGUGUUACAUCUUGCAAGCUACUGUUUGGCCUUCUGCGCACAGCAGUCAUCCUGAAAGCCAGCCCCUCUUGCUUGUCCAACUUGGAGAGACGGAUAGGUUUGCAGCUUGACAAGGCCACUCUGGAAGAUCUUUUGAUACCAAACAUCUCCGAGUCCAUAGAAACGCUAUAUGAUGUGGACUGUGUCCAGAGGAUUGUUGACCAUUUCUUGGCAAUGGAUCAAGAAACUGGUGGGGCUUCCUCUAGCCUUGGCGAAGAUGGGCAUAUAUUAGCUUCACCAUCUUUAAUGCCGAUAACUAUGGUUGCUAAGUUGAUUGAUGGUUAUCUAGCUGAAGUUGCACCAGACGUGAACUUGAAGCUGCCAAAGUUUCGGUCUUUGGCUGCUGCUAUACCAGAUUAUGCCUGUCCAAUAGAUGAUGGACUUUAUCGUGCUAUUGACAUAUAUCUCAAGGCUCAUCCUCACCUGUCAGAAUCAGAGAAGGAAGAGCUCUGCCGGGUGAUGGACUGCCAGAAGCUCUCCCUGGAGGCCUGCACCCACGCAGCGCAGAACGAGCGCCUCCCGCUCCGCGUCAUCGUGCAGGUCCUCUUCUUAGAGCAGCUCCAGCUGCGGAGCUCCAUCGCCGAGUGCCUCAUGGUCUCCGAGCCCCUUGAGGGUGGUGGCUCGAGGCAGCUUGGCCUGCCCAUCUCCGGCGAGCACCACUGCGCCGGCUGGCCACUGGCUGCCAGGGAGAACCAGAUCCUGCGGGAAGGCAUGGACAGCAUGAAGCAGCGGGUGGCCGAGCUGCAGAAGGAGUGCUCCACCAUGAAGGGGCAGAUCGAGCGGCUGGGCUGCAGCAGGAGUGCCGGCAAGAGCUGGUUCCCGUUCCCCCUCGCCGUGAAGCCGCAGAUUUGCAGCACUAAGGAGGCUGCUCUGGAGACGGCGGCGGCGGCAAGCGAGGACAAGCUGGCCGUGGUGAAAGCUGGCACUGGCACUGGCACUGGCAGUGGCGGCACGCCUCAACUGAUGCAUAGCCCAAGCCCUAGACUCUUUUUCUGAUCAGCAACUCGGUAGAAUGUUUUGGUGAUGUGUCUGUCAACUUGCUGGAUUUCUUUGCAUGCAUCUACCCAGGAGGAACUCAGCUAUUGAUCUGAUCUGAUGCUAAGUUUUUGACAUUUGCCGAGUGAUAAUGCAUAGCCUUACUGAGUUAUUAACAUCUUUUGCACUAUCUUAAAUGGACUGGUAAUCUGGUGAUUCCAGGUCUGCACUUCACAAGGUGCAGCCAUAAGAGAGAGUCCUUGUUGGAUGUUUAACAUUGAUCCAAAAUUGUAGCCUUUGACGGAUGAAAAUGAAUUGGGGCAUUAUUAGCAUA